AUGGGUAUUUUGGUGGCGAGCUUGUUUUACUGCACUGAUAGUUUAACCGGUGAGUUCGAGACCCAGUGGGGGCAUUUUGUCAUGUCGAGUGUCGGUUUUGAUCCUUGGAAAACUUACCAUGAAAGCCCAGCAGAGCAAGACGCUAUCAAGGCUCGGGCCAAAUAUCGGGAUGCUAUGAAAGCGGAGUACAGGCGUAUCACAAGUAACCCCUUCAAACCUCCCAUGGGUGCUAUUCAUGACCCUAACAUGCAGCGUUGGUUUUCGGCUCGCGUUACCUACGCGGAGUACCUUAAACCUUCUACUCGUGGAGUACUCGUGAGCGCUGUGUUUUGUGGCAUCUCCGCUCUAAUUUACUAUGCUUUGGCUCGCCGCAGAGAUAAGCUGUUUGGCGAAAUUACCAGGGGCGAGGUCGACUACAGGACUCGUGCAUUGACCUACAAUCCCAAAUAA